AUUCAGUUCUCGGGUAACUCGGUUUGUUUGCUGCAGUACUGAGUUCGGAUGUUGGCAGACAUGUUGCGGUUGACUUUUGUUUUAAUAUUCUUAUCACCCUUAGUUGUUUCACAUACUACGGUUGACAGAUUAGUUUGCCGAAGUGCUGUCUCUGCACAAAAGCAUAAUGUUCUUCCUGAAUGUAUUGGUGAAUGGAAAAAGUACCCAUGGUCGCAGUUUAGAAUAGAUAAUUCUUCCGAAUGCACUGAUUGCCGGUUAAUCUCACCCUAUGUGUGGGAUUACAAGAUUGAGCCACUGCUUUGUGCUACUGGUGUUAAAAAUGAAGAGUGCAAAAAUAUAAUCAGCGCUUUAUCCCAACUGAAAUAUAUCAAGAAUCGCAAUAACGUUUUGUGUAACAUCCUUACGCUUUGUGAUUCUCAUACGUAUAUCAAAGAUCUAAAUUUUGGCGUUCCACUCUGUGAUGAUUGUAAACGAUUGGUCAAUGAUAUGCGAAAGCUUAUUGAAGACAAUUCAACUGCUGCCCAGAUUGAAGCACAGCUUGAUGAAUUAGUCUGCAACAAUCUUCCAGGUGAAAUAAUCCCAUACUGCAAAAAUUUGGUAAAUGUCCACGUUCCAUAUGUCCUGCAUAUCAUUUCAGAGAAGAUGAGCCCUGAAGAGAUCUGUGCAACACUGGGACUUUGCGUAAAUGUGAAGACAAAAUUCACACUGGCCAACUUUAUGACUAAUAAAGGAAAGAAAUGUAACGAAGAUAGAAAAUUUUCAUGGAUAAGACGCCCAAUAGGUAGUGUCGGUCAUAAAUGGACUUCAUACAAAUCUCAAGAAACUCCAACCUGUCCAAACUGUCUAUCAGUACUGAGUCAAUUCAAGAUAGGUGUUGAGAACCCAACUAUACAAGAACGCUUAAAGGAAUUGAUUGAUGAAAAGGUUUGCACACAUAUGGGCUUCUUUGCCGCAGCUUGUAAAGAAGCGAUAGAAUAUAACUUUGGUCAAAUAAUCAGUGGUAUGAAAGAGGUGGACCCUAAAGAGAUGUGUAGUUUGUUUGGAAUGUGUACAUGUGAAUACAUUAAUUCACCUGGUGAUACAAUGUUACCAUCGUUGUCUACAUCACAAGAUAUUCCCGGUGUUUGUAAUUUAUGUACUCUGUUGGUCAAAAAGAUAUUUGAACUAACUAUUGGUAAUCAAACCGAAGCUGCAAUUGUGUUAGCUAUGGAAACUAUCUGUGAAUAUCUACCAUCUGAUUACGAUACACAGUGUGAGAACUUUGUCGAAAAAUACGGAGCGAAAAUUGUUAGUGCUAUUAUUGACGGCACUGCUCCUGAGCUAAUAUGUGGGAGUAUAGGAUUGUGUGCUUCACCCCUACAUCAGAAGGUAGGGCUACCAUCAUCAUCACAGUCACUACCACCACGUCAGGAUCAUCAAGUUCAAACAACUGCAACUCUAUCAUCUGGUAUAGAUGUUUGUUUAACCUGUAAAUUUUUCGUUGAAACACUUUAUGGACAACUUCAAAAUAAUAAAACAGAGGAGGAAUUGAAACAUCUGAUUAAAAAUGCAUGUUCCGUUCUACCUGCUGGCUAUGCAGAUAGAUGUUCCGAAUUGAUUGAUCGUUAUUUCGAUGAUGUCAUUAAACUAAUAGAAAAUAAUUAUACACCAGAGCAGAUAUGUCAAACAAUUUCGCUUUGCCAAUCAAUACCAGCUUGGAGUUUAUCCGAACAAAAUCCAUGCCUUUCAGGCUCAACUUAUUGGUGUCGAGAUUACAGUACAGCAAAAAUGUGUAAUGCUGUAAAGUAUUGCAGUUCCAUUGGUUGGAAAACUUAUCCUCCAAGUAAUCAGAAUAAAUUAUUUAAAUCACAAUGUGAAUUAAUGAAAUUAACAGAGAUAUGUGUUAAUUCUGAAUUGGCUAAAAAAUGUAAUCGUUUAAAUGAAUGUUAUGAACAGCAAGUAAAAAAUUUCUUAAAUUUAUUCAGUAUUUCAACAGUAUCAUUAAAUAAUGACAAAAUUAAUAAAUCACCAUGUUCCGUGUGUGUUGUUAUGACAACUAAAUGGUUGUUACAAUGGGAUUUAUUUGGUGGACCAAUUAUUAAUCGCAGUAUAUGCUCUGAAUACAAAACUGAAAAUGAAUUACAGCAGUGUUAUGAUGUGAUUGAAAAGGCAGGAGUGCUAUUGAUUCAUUCAAGGAGUGAUCGUAAUAAUGUCGAACAAAUAUGUGCUGUAUGUAUUCUAAAUUUAUUUGAUCAUUUAAAAUGUUCUGUUUAACGUGUUUUUCGUUGUAAUCGUGAACAUAUUUAAGUUAGACGAUCAUUGAAAAUCUGGAAGCACUGGACAAUUAUCAUGUGCCCAUUAGUGAUUAGCUUCGAGAGGAAAUUUCCGGAAUUGUGGUAAAAAGUCAUGACCAGUGAAGCUAAGUCUUGUUGAGUAAGGCAGUUACUCACCGAAGACAAUGGGUGGUGGUCACGCAGUGUUGUGGGUUGAUUGAGGUUAAACAUUAACACCGUUGGAUGCAAGCUAAAUGGUCUAGAGAUUCAACGUUCACGAUAAAUUUUCUCGGUUGGCAAAUCAAGUCACUGACAAGAAAGUUUCACUUUUGCUACUUGAAUCUUCUUGAUGUUAUGAGUCUCUGUAGUUCCAAAAGCUUUAUAAUGUGCUACAAAAUUGACCACUCGGUAAAAUGAAGUGUUUAUUAGCGUGUGAUAACACCAACCACCUUUUAAGCAGAGGUAAAUGUCCGCUGGCAAUGGAAUCAAUUUGGGACUCGUCAGAUGCGUGUAUCUGCGUCCCAGAGUUGAAGUUCGCUCCGAGGCUCAAACCCAGUACCGUUCGCUUCAAACGUCAUCGCGUUGUUAGUAUGAAACAUGCGUUCUGGAUUCCACUGCUAACUAACAUUCAUCUCUGCUUAGAAUGCUUGUGACUUACUGACAGUAUCGAGGCUCAGGAUGCACAUAUGCCAAUAAGAAACGGACCAACUACAGUCGUAAGUGUCAAUAAGAAGAUUCAAACAAUCAAUACAAAAUGAAAAACCACCUUUGUUAGUGGUUUAUUCGGGUUUUAAUCCUAAAAGUGCUAACUCAGUAUCGUUGCGCCUGUUUCAGUCUGUUUAAACUUCCCCACUGCAAUGGCUACACUUCUGAAACUACUUUCAGUACAGAUGGUUUUUGAUUGCGUCAGGUUAAACAUAGGGGAAAACACUGAGUUUUUAAAAUUCUAUUCAGUACUCAGUGAAUUGAAAUCUAAUCAAACAUUGGUAUUUCGGACAAAUCUAUUAAGCAAGAAUGGAUACUCUUUGUUCAAUGAUAAUAAGCUGUUCCUAUCGACUUUUUGAUUAUGGAAACAAAUUGUUUCCGGGUAUUGAUGAGAAACAUCCUACUCCAUCUACAUUUUGUCAUUCACUAAGAUAAUUUCCUCAUUGAUUCAUUAUUCUUCAAAAAACUUUUGCUACAUAUCAAGACUUCAAGGAACACAUGAUGCCUUCGUCACUGGAUCAUUAUGUUGGAUUGGCUUUAGCCCUACUUUAAGGUAGCUGAUGUAAUUUACUGAAUAUCGUUCCUAGGAUAUUUUGUAAUUAUUUUCAAUUCUGUAGAUGAGAGCGCUUAAAGCGAAUCGUUAAUAUACCUGAAUGGUUUCUGUAGAAAUUAGUUUUUCUAGUUGAUGUUUGUGUCCGACUAGCUUCAAUUGUUGUGCAGUGCUAUUGAAAACAAAGGAACAUUAGACAGAUGUUUUGUCGUAGUCAGGGACUGUUGAACAUUCCCCACCACCGAUCACUAAGAGAACUAAACUUAGACCUUCGCGUUUUCUCAGCGAACAUUUAAUCAUUGGACAAAUAGGUCCUUUAACUAAGGUCAAUCUAUGAUGAAUAUCACCUACAAAUUAUUAAUACUUGAAGGUCUAUUUUACUCCAUCUAAUAACUUUUCAUUGUUAUGGCUUCGAAACGUUUUAGGGAUAAUUAAAAGUUCUAUUACAAAUUCGUUUUUUAAAUUUUUGUUUGGAUCAUUUUGAUUAAAAUUCUCUAUAUUUGUUCUUAUGAUUACUUAUACGUUAUACAGCGUACAAUCAACUGUGCUUCAGUGAAAGAUGGUGAAAAUGAACAAUUGUCUGAAACAAUAGAUCAGUCUGUUAAUGAAGAUCCAGACAAAUUAAGUUCAUUCGCUUUAUAUGAUUUUGAUAAAAUUGCUUGUUCAUGGGGCGCUACUUAUUGGUGCUCAUCAAAAGAGACGGCUAGAAAAUGUAAUGCAACAAAUUAUUGUAUAGCAACUUAUUGGCCCGAAAUUAACACUAAUGGCAUUGAUAAUGAUAAUAAAGAUAAUAGUAUUAUUGAAAGUCAUGCUACUACAACAUCAUUACCAAAGCCAAUUGAGAAAACUAAAUCUGAUCCAUGUUCAUGGGGGGCACCUUAUUGGUGUCAAUCAAAAGAAAUUGCUAAAAAAUGCGGUAAUGCAGCCUUAGUGCAUUGUGAAACUAAGGUAUGGAUUACUUUAUCAGAUUUAACGAAAUCAUCACAUAAGAUAACUUCUAAACUUGAUGAUAGAUGUACACGUGGUUCAUCGUUUUGGUGUGCAUCAUUUGAAAAUGCUAAAUUAUGCGGUGAACAUGCAGAAUGGCAUUGUAUAAAUGUAGUUUGGUCAAAUAUACAUAAAUUCAAAUCUAAUUCUAUCAAUCCGUAAUUCAAUAAUGAUCAAUCUUAAUUUUUACUGCCUAGAGGACAUUUUUGUGUUUCCCCUUCUCAUUUGAACUCAUUCAUUUAUACUUCAUCUGGUCUCUGUAUUUGUGUUUGUGCCUAUUCAUCUAUUGUUUGUUAGUGUGUUUUCUACAAAUUUAACUUUUUGAAAAAACAAUCCGAAUUCAUUGAGUAUUUUUUAUUUCUCUCUGAUGAAAUAAAAUAUAAACAACAUUUUGAUUUUAAACUGCUCAAAAGUCAUUUACAUUAAUGUUUCAUUUUUAUUAGAUGUACUGUUUGAUUAAAAGGUUACUAUUCAAUUUAUA